UAGCCACCCAAUGCAAGCUCUGCGCUUUCUGAGAGAAAUUCAAAAUCUUUGAAGAGAGUAGAAUUCGAAAACAGAAAGUGAGAAACAAAAGACCCACUCUUUGAGUAAGGGGCAGAUAAGUAAUUUGGACAAAGCUCUGGUUAUAAAAGCAGAAGCAGAAAAUAAGGAAGGGGCCAAGGGGGAAGGAGAAUAGAGGAGGAGAUGGGGAAAGAAGUAGACAAGGAAGAAGAGAGAAAAGAAGCAGCGAUAGCAUCAAAAGCAGUUUUACAGCCCAAUUUCAAGCCCAGAGGCAUAACCCAAGACCAGCUCUCCAAGUUUCAGGAGCUGCACAGGAAGCGUUUACAGAUCAAGUCAAAAUCAAAGUUUGAAAAGAAACCAAAGGCUGGUACUGGAAAAUCUCGCCGCAAGAACCACAAUCCAAGAGACUUGACCAAUGAAGAUUCAAGCAUAAGUGUUGAAGAUUCAGCUGUUCCUAACCUUGAGAGCCACGAUAAUGGAAGCAGUUCUUUAUUACAGCAAGAGGAUACACCAAAGAAGCGCCAGAAGUUACAUUGGGGGCUCGACACAAAGGAACGUUGGGAAAGGAAAGCAAACAUGUAGAUAUUUCCAUCAAUACAGAAUGUGCCGUCCUGAAGUGGUGUGGUUUCAGAAUUGCACAGCAACUUUGCCAUUUAAUCUCAGAUGUGGCUACAAGGUACUUGGGUAGUAAAAUUUGAGGAAAAGUAUCUACCUUUAAUGCCAAGUACUAUAUUGGCAUUUUUUUAACAUUGAGAAUAGCUUUUGAGAUUGAUGUUUAACGUAUGAGUGUCGAUCCAUGGAAACUUAAAAAUU